UCGGAGCUCCCAGCUGUUUUGGAAGUUCCUUAGGAAGUUAAAUUAUUUCUAUUUAUGUGAUACUUGUUUAAAUGCGAUCUGUGCUCAAAACUGCACAGAUAAUGUAGUUGUUCUGUUCCAGCGCCGGAUAGUUCGAGUUCUUUAACCAAACUGACUAGUAGAGUAGAACAAAAAUGGUUUUGCUGGACUGCCUACUUCAAUUACGAUCUCUACGCUCGUUACUUGCGUCCAAUGGCAACAGUUUGCGGGAGGCAGUGAAUACCAUUUUUUGGCUUAGCUGUAUUUUAGGAGUGCUGUUUUUACAAUUCAAGCGACUGCUCAGGGUGUUGUUGCGGCUGGGCCGGCUGCAGGGACGAAAGUUUGCACAGAUAGCUCACCAUUUGUGGAACAUAUGCUUUUACACCGCAUCGACUAUAUUUCUGCUUCUGUACCAGAUGCUGCUGAUUCGGCCAGAAGUGGUCAGAGAGAGUGGAAAAUAUUUUCCCCAGUACAACAAUGCCAUUUUCGCUACCGCAUGCGAUCCGGCGAAGCUUGAAAUCAUCACCCUCGUGCUGGUAUCGUUUAAGGUCUUUGGGACGGUUGCGAAACUAUCCAAUGGGGAUUACUCGGAGGCAUUUUCAAACGUGCUGUACGGUACCCUGCUGAUGUGUUGCCUCCUGAUGCGCUUGGAAAAUUACUGCAUUCUACUGAAUCUCUACACCGCGGUCUACUCGGCGUUCGAGGAAUUCUUUCUUCUUUUCGCCUGCCACGUGAGUAAAAAACGCAGCAUCGAGCUUACGUGUUUCGUGAUACUGAAAUUUUGCACCUGGUCAUAUCUGUUUCUAAAUGUACUGCCGUUUGAAUUUCUGAUACCGACUCUCUACGCAAGAAGUGAUCUUUUUACGCUUAAGUUAUGUUUCUGGCUAUGGUACUGCUCAUGUAUCUGGAACUCGCCGCUACUGAAACUAUUGUACCAUCAGAUAUAUCAUACGCAUCCGAAGGAUUGUGCCGGCGGCGACUCAGCCAUUCAGUGCAUCCUUUCGAGUGAUUGGCGAAGCUAUCGCCACUUUCGUAAUCUCGAGCAUGCGUACUACGAGCUUAAGUUGCACCAAAGCCGUGAGAAAAUGCACAGCACCCGCUCUGGGGAAAACGUUUCGAUGACGGCAUUUCAAACGAUAAAAUGUGUGGUGUCUUUGAAGAGAAAAUUGAAGCGGCUCAGGGAAAAUCGCGAUCAAAUGGCAAAGCACCAGUAGACAACCAAAGCAAAUCAAGACAACCUUCGUUCAAUGCUGCAUAUAAUUGAUCUCGGUGAAAGGAAACCACUUCAACCCCUUUACUAUAGUACGGCAUUCAUUCCUGUAGCGCAAGCCAUCGGAUGGGGUAAGAAAUGAUUUAGUAAUAGAGCACCAAGCAGUUAAAAUCAACGCGAAACCUAAUUUAUUGAUUGCAAAUAAAUGGCGAAUUCGCUGGAGAAUGCCUCUUCUCCGGCCAA